GGAUCUCAAAAAGUCAAAAACACAAUAACAGCCAAAAAACCGCAACAUGCUGUGAGAGCACCCAUCGCACUGAACCUCCCCGCCGCAGACGGAGCCGCCGCCGGCGCCAGCAACGAGCCGCCGCUCGGCGGAGGUGAGGCGGCAGGCGGCAACGCGGGCCGGCGAGGUGAGGCUGCAGGCGGCGAGGCGGGCCGGCCGGCUGGCCCCAUGACUUCUCGGCGGUGGAGAGGAAACCGGCGCCGGCGACGGGGCCGACGGGGUGGCCGUCUGCGGCGGCGGAGAGGUGGCGGCGUGGGUGUCGACUUGGAGUUUCAUGCCGCCGAGGCAGUGACCGGGGGUGCCGCAGAUGAAGUAGCGGCUGCCGGCGGAGGAGAGGGCCACGGUGGCGGAGCCGCCGGUGAAAGGCGGCCGCAAGGGGCUAUUUGGAUUGCAGGAAUCGAAGUCCGUCCGGGAAACUUCCGUGACGUCGUGGUUUGUGGUGAACUCGAAAACUGCGCAAGCCCAAGUUGCAAGGUCGGUGGAUUGAUCCCAACCGCCGUUCGGGCCUCCGACUGUGUAAUUUGCGGCCAUGGCCAAGUUGAGCAGAUGAGGCUUGUUAAGGCA